AUGACCAUAAGCUUUGUAAGCCCAAGUGCUUAUAAAGGGAGUUGGUGGCUACCUGUGGGACAGUGUUUGCCAGAUAAUGAAGUUUUCCAGUUCUAUUCAGGUGGGAGCAACAAGCCAGGCAAUAGCUCUGAGAAAGUGGGCAGGCCAGUUAACACGUCUCCCAGCGCCGGUUUUCCCAUCUACAAAAUAACUAUACCAGUAAUUACCCAUCUGGCUAAACGUCUUAACCCAGGCCCACUGUUUCCUCCGGCCGCUGGCCCUCGGCCCCUUUCCAGUCCUAUCAGGGUGGAGCCAGCGGUCACCAAGACGGACACCUGCCACCCACUCAUCCCACCAGAGAGCCAGCAGCUAGCAGAGCGCACUAGCCCAGUCCAGAGAGCUCUCCAGCCAGUGCAGUCCUUUAAAGCCCUGGGCGCUCCCCGAAGUCAGCUCUGGAGGGGUGGAGACUCCGCGCGGAGCCAGAGCCGGAGCAGGAGCUGGAGCCCGGAUCUGGCGCUUGCUCGUCUCAGGUCAGCGGCCGGAGGUCCGGGACAUCCACGUGGGGGGCCAGGCGAGCCGGAGCCGGGGACAGUCGCCUCGGGCCAGGGCAGCCCAGAGGCCACCCCUGCCACUGGGUCCUCACCACCUCCUCUGCCACCCCUAAGGUGGGGAGCGGGAGCCAGCUUCCCGUGCCCCCGGCCCGCCUCUGGGGCACCUCGGCUGCUCUUCAGACUCAUGCCUGAACAGGUAACCAUAGUAGCUGGAGGAGUGAUUGCAGGGCUGCUGUUGCUGGUUCUAAUUGCGAUCAUGGGAUACUGUCUCUGGAAGAAGCUAUGCGCUGCCCCUACCUAUGAGGAACUGACCGGCAUGCCAUCACCAGGACAGGAGAAGCAGCCUUCCCAGGCAGCAGUGAUCCAGCCCAACAGGACCCAAGGUAUCCCAUUUGUUGUUCCUCCCUCUUUCUAUGGCCGGGAUUGGAUUACUCUGACCAGUGGAGAAAGGGUCCAGGAUGAGAGUGACCCCUACAUUGCCCCAGAAUUCCUUCCUCGAUCAUCUUUUCAUUCACUUGGGGGUGCAUACAUGGUUGGGACAAUCAAUCCAGAGCUGUACAAGUUUCCAGAAGACAAGAGUGAGACAGACUUCCCUGAAGGCUGCCUGGGGAGGCUAUGGUUCACAGUGGAGUAUGAACAGGAGGCAGAGAGGCUCCUGGUGGGCUUGAUCAAGGCCAGGAAGUUGCAGACCCCUUCCCCACUGGAGACUUGCAGUCCCUUGGUGAAGCUGUAUCUGCUGCCUGACGAGCGUCGCUUUCUACAGUCCAAAAUGAAACGUAAAACCACCAACCCGCAAUUUGAUGAGAACUUCAUUUUCCAGGUAUCCAGCAGAAGCAUCACACAGAGGAUGCUCAAAUUUUCAGUGUUCCACGUGGACAAGCAAAGGAAGCAUCACCUCCUGGGCCAAGUGCUUUUCCCACUGAAAGACGAGAUGCUGACGAGCGACAGCCGAAACAUUAUUUGGCGAGACUUAGAACCAGAGAGCCUGGAGCCGCCUUCUGAGUUUGGGGACAUCCAGUUCUCUCUCAGCUACAAUGACUACCUGGGCCGCCUCACUGUGGUGGUGCUCCGCGCCAAGGGCUUGAAGGUCCAGGAUGACAGGAACGUGGUGGGUGUGUUUGUCAAAGUGUCGCUGAUGAACCACAACAGAUUCGUCAAGUGCAAGAAGACGUCGGCCGUGCUGGGCUCUGCCAACCCCGUGUAUAACGAGACGUUUAGCUUCAAGGCGCACCCCGAGGAGCUGGACACGGCCAGCCUGAGUGUGGCGGUGCUCCAGAGCACGGACGGGGCCAAAAGCCACCAGCUGGGCCGGGUGGUCGUCGGACCCUUCAUGUACACGAGGGGGAAAGAACUGGAACACUGGAAUGAGAUGCUGAACAAGCCCAAGGAGCUGGUGAAGAGGUGGCACGCGCUCUCUCCGAGUAGCUGAAGGGCCUGCUCUGCGGGGACGGCCGACCCCCUUCCCUUGGACGCCGCUGACCGAGGACACUUCCCGACUGGCCUCCUAGCGCAGUGUGGACACGGAGCGGACUCUGCAGGCUCGUAAGGGAGGACGUCCUCACUGGCUCUGUGUCAGAACGAGGGCCUUGUCUUUCCUUGGUUAGCAUAGGAAAUGUCCUAAUAAAAUGACCCCUUCUCCUUCCAGUGGAAUACUGCUCUUUAAAAACUCUUACUUUCUGACCUGUUAACAACUCUUAAGGCAGAAGGGCAAGGGCUGGGCA